AUGGAGGAGUACGACAUGAAGCAAACCCUGUUUAGGAAAAAACCCAAGCAAACAAACAGGGAUGGGUGUCGAAUGUGCCGCAAGAAGUAUCGCAAGUGCAUUAACACAUGCUUAACAUGGGAAGUGGUAAUCCUGGUGGUGCACAUAUUAGUCUUUCUCAUAGUCAUUUUCAAAUUGGCAAAGGAUGGAAAACUGGGUCAGAUAGACAAGCCCCUGUUUAGGUCAUACAAGAGUGGAGGUCAUGUUCUGCAAGGAGUUUUAUUCGUCUUGCUCAUUGUGCCUUUCAGAUUUAACAAAAGGCUCAUAAAAUGGUUUUACAACUUUUACAUGAAAAAUGAGACACACAUGGAUGAUGAGUGCAGAGAAGGGCAGCGGUACCAGCAGCCGUAUGGCGAUAUUGAAGAGAAUAAAAUGGGGAAUUACCUCUCCAAUGAAGAGGAUGAAGAAGCAAGGGUGAGCGAAAAGAACUGUACUAUGAACACCCUAUUUGGUAGUUUUGGUGAUAAUCAUAUAGACCAAGGGGGAGUGGGUGACCAGGCCGCGAACAGCCAGGCAGUUAACAACGGGACAGUGAUGAAGCAUUCGGCAGACGCGAGUGAGAUGGACGCAGAGAAGAGAGACGGUCACACGCAGUUCAGCCAUAUUGGCAGCACUAAUAGUGCCAAAAGUGGAAACGGCAUGGAGCACCAGAACGGAAGCGGUGGAAAAAACCCUUCUGGGGAGUGCUUAACCACGAACAGACGAAGGAAGGGGAGCAACUGCAGCAGUGGAAGUCUACACCAUGAACACACAAAAGGAAAAAUCUCCUCGUGUGAAUAUUUUAUUAACAGUUUGAUUUUUCCACUUAACACCCCAAAACAUACAAGAGAAAAAAUUCAGUACUUUUUCCUGUGCGCAAAAUUGUAUGCAAAUAACAAAAGCUCCUUUCUGUUUGUUCUCAAGUAUGUGUGUUCCUUCAUCCUAAUGUUUGGCUACCCGUUGUACAAUCUAGUGAAGAGGAAAUUGCUCCACAUAAAUUUUUACUUAACGUCGUACUACAGGAAUGCAUUCGACUUCGCCGCAGGUUUACUCGUGGGAUCCCUCUUCGUCUUCAUUUACGGAGUUGUUAAAUUUUUUGCUAACCUUUAUAUGAACAGAAAUAAUGACAAGUUUUACUUUUACGACAAUUAUCCUUUUAUGGGGGAAGUGAAAUGUCUAUGUGAUGAAAACGUUCGCAUCCUUAUACAUAAUAAUCCUCACCUGAAGGGCAUAGCGAUACAAUACCUUAAUACGUAUGGAACUUACAAGAGUCUUCUUUUGGUGGGAAUAUUAAUCUUGUUCGUAGUGUCUAUCUGCUCCUUCGUCUUUACCCUUACCUCGAUGAGUACCCCCGUGCCGGUUGCGACAUGA